CUUUUCUUCCUUGAAUGAAACGAAACUUUAGGGUUCCUUCUAAUUUGUCCCCAAAAUUCUUUGGGUCAGAAAAUUUUCACCUUCGUUGUCCAAGCUCAAAUCCCUUCCCAUUUCCAGCUCUCCACCAAAAGCUUUCUCAUAAAUAGAGUUUAGAGAGACCUUCUUCAACCAUGUCGAAAACGAAGUCAAGUAAAAAAGACUUGAACUCCUACACCAUCAAAGGUACCAACAAGAUCGUAAGAGUUGGGGACCAUGUGACGAUGCGCCCUCCUGAUACGAACAAGGCACCAUACGUGGCUCGUGUUGAGAAAAUUGAACCUUGUCGUAAGAACGAUGUGAAGGUGCAUGUUAGGUGGUACUAUAGGCCUGAAGAUUCCAUUGAGGGACGUAGGAGAUUCCAUGGGGUGAAAGAGUUAUUUUUGUCUGACCAUUAUGAUGUUCAAAGUGCUCAUGCCAUUGAAGGGAAGUGCGUUGUGCACUCUUUCAAGAACUAUACCAAGCUUCAGGAUGUAGCUGCUGAGGAUUAUUAUUAUAGGUUUGAGUACGAGGCUGCUACUGGAACUUUCACACCUGAUCGUGUAGUUGUGUACUGCAAGUGCGAGAUGCCUUAUAACCCAGAUGUACUUAUGGUGCAGUGUGAGGAAUGCAAGAAUUGGUACCAUCCUGCUUGUGUGGACAUGACUGCUGAAGAUGCAGAAAAGUUGGAGCAAUAUGUUUGCUCAGAAUGUUCAUUUGUUGAUGAAAUGAAGAAAUCUCAAGCUAAAGUUGCUCUAUCACCAAAAACUGAUAGCGAGAUUAUUGAGCCCAAGCGACAAAGAAUAUAAUCAGUACGCUGAAUUAACUCAUUGGAAAUUAAUUUCAUUGGUUAUUUGGUUGCUAUUGUGUAUGUUUGCAUAUUGUACAAGUUCUA